UGUCUCACGCAGUACGCAGUCUUCACGCACUAACGCUCAUCCUUGGCCUCUGUCUGACCGUCGGCCAUCAGGCCAUCGCUAUCGAGGUCGCCAUAUACCUUGUUCAUAAACUGACGGGGUGUAUUCAUGCUUCCCCGUCACUUACUCUCUCGCGAUGGACGCCGGACCAGCGCCAGCAUCAUCACCAGCGCCGACGCCCAACGCCCCUGAGGCCCCGGCGCCAAGUUCGCCCGUGCGCCCUCCUCUGGAGCCUGCGGGUCAGUCACCAGAACCCGCGCGUAUGCCCGGGUCGCCGGUCACUCGGGGCAUGACAGCGGACGACAAUUGCAGCGAUAGCGCUUCCUCGCGCUCUUCGCUCGACAUGGGCGAUAUCGGCGAGAAAGAGAAGGAAGAGGAGAUUCCGCGCUCCGCACACUCUCCGCCCACAUUGGACGUUGAGGUCAGCGCGCUCCUCAACCUCCCACCGCCGCCACCAUUUGACCUGGACGUCCGCGGCCUGACUGUCGGCGUGCCGAAGCAUUCACGACUAGUCAAGCUGCUCCAAGGCGACAUCACUGCGCUCAAGGCGUCACCGAAAGACGCGAGCCCGCGCAAGACCACAAUUCUCGAAGAUGUGUCGUGCGCGUGCUCCAGUGGACAAGUACUGGCCAUCCUUGGCGGCAGUGGAAGCGGCAAGACAACAUUACUCAACGCCGUUGCCCACCGCCUCAAUGAUCUGCCUGUCAAGGCGGGCGAGGUCGGCUAUGUGCCCUCGUACGGCGGCGCCGCGCUGGGCAAGAACGAGGCGAAGCGCCGCAUCGGGUUUGUGCGGCAGCAGGACUUCCUCGUCGAGUGUCUCACUGUGCGCGAAACACUCACAUACGCUGCGCGCCUGCGCCUUCCCACCGACCUCAGACGAGAGGACAUCGCACUUAUCGUUGAGCAGACGCUCGACGAGCUGGGCCUGCGUGAUGCGGCGGAUACUGUUGUUGGAGGCCCGCUCCGCAAGGGGAUCAGUGGCGGCGAGCGACGCCGCCUCAGCAUCGGUUGUGUGCUCGUCACCCUCCCCUCCGUGCUCAUUCUGGACGAGCCUACGUCUGGUCUCGACGCAUUCACCUCCUACCUUCUCCUGCAGACGCUGAGCGCGCUCGCGCGCCGCGGGCGAACCGUCAUCUUAUCCAUCCACGCGCCACGAUCAGACGCUUACCCAUUGUUCGACUGCAUCACUCUGCUUUCUAAAGGGCGGGUUGUGUACUCAGGCCUCCGGAGGCAGUGUCUCGACUGGUUCAGUGGAUUGGGCCACGACGUCGAGCCCGGCAUCAACCCCCUUGACUUCCUCAUUGAUGUCAGUUCUGUCGACAACCGCACGCCCGAGAAGGAGGAGGCGAGCAUGGCCCGCGUUCGCGCACUCACCAAUGCGUGGGCGGCGCACAUCGCCGCUAAGCCAGACACGCUCGCUCCUCAGCGGCCAGAUCUGCGCUCCUCCAACUCUCACCACAGUGCGGGGGCUGUCGAACUGCACCGCGCUGUGACGCGCACCGAGCAGAAGCGUCCCGGUUUCUUCCUCCAGACCCGUGUGCUCACCGCGCGUGCGCACCGCAACGUCUACCGCAACAUCCCAACGAUCGCGGGCCUCGUGCUUCAGGGCAUCAUCCUCGGCGUCAUCAUGGGUGUGACAUACGCCAAUAUCCCAGACACGCCGACAGGCGUCCAAUCGCUCAAAAAUCUUUCGUUUCAAAUGAUUCCCGGCGUGUUCUACCUCCAGCAGGUGUUUUGGGUGUACAAGUUCUGCAAGGAUCUGAUUAUUUUCGACCGCGAGCGAGAGGAUAACCUCUACGAUGUCGUGCCGUACGUACUCAGCGACUGGAUCUCGUUCCUUUUCCCCGCCAUCCUCUCCCCGACGCUGUACAUCUUCAUCCUCUGGUUUAUCGCAGGCAUGCGACAUGACGAUGUCGCGCGCGGCUUGUUCACGGUGGUUGGGAGCACGCUGCUCGUACAAAGUGCGAUCCAGGGCCUUGCAUUAUUUGCAAGCUCUGUCACCCGCAGCUUUGCGCAGGCGUCGCUCAUCGGCAACGCGAUCAACAUCUUCCAGCUCCUCUCGGCGGGCUUCAUCCUCGUCGACCCGCCAAACUUUACAGAAUGGAUCCGCUGGCUCUCGCCGUACUUCUACAGCUUCCGCAUCGUCGCCACUGUAGUUUUCAAGGACCGCGUGUUCGACUGCCCGGCAGACUCGAAUGCCAAUCUUGCCCAGUGCGACGGAAACAACGUCCUCCGCGGCUUUAACUUUGACCUGGACAUCAAUAUCGGUGUGUGGUUCGCCGGUAUGAUCGGCUUCGCCCUAUUGGAGUACGCCAUCGCCUGCCUUGUGCUCCGCUACCUUCCUGUUGGCGGCGUGCGGCACGCCUCCGAGAUUGACGGCCAUUUCCGCGGCAAGACGGCCGACGUCGCAGAUAGCCACAUGACACGCGACAAAAUCGACGUGACAGUGCGUCACCUCAGCUUUGCAUGGGAGCGGCGAGGGCGAGGCCUUGCGAAGAACGCGCGCAAGCUCAUCCUCGACGACGUCUCGGCCUCCUUCCCCGCCGGUGAGGUCAGCGCCAUCCUUGGCCCCUCGGGAGCGGGGAAGUCUACGCUACUUCAGCUCAUUGCGGGCCGCCGCCUCAGCGCUGGCGCCAUGGCGAGCUUCACGCGCACUGGUGACUUGCUAUUUGCGGGGGCGCCCGCUACAGCCGUGGCAAUGAGCAAUGUCGCCUUUGUGGAACAGGAGGAUGACUGGCACCUCCCCAACCUGACGGUCCGGGAGACGCUGCGUUAUGCUGCGGUUCUCCGCUUGCCAAACGAGAUGGCGCGGAAGAAGAAGAUCGCAAGAGCCGAGACAGUGCUUAGGAUGUUGGGACUCAAGGAUUGCGCCGACCUCCCGGUCGGCGGGCCGCUCAUCAAAGGCAUUUCGGGCGGCGAGAAGCGCCGUCUUUCUCUCGCUGUGCAGAUGAUCAACGACCCCGCAGUGCUCGUCGUUGACGAGCCCACGUCCGGUCUCGACUCCAGCAUCGCGCUCAGCGUGAUGCAGGUACUGAAGGAUAUCGCGGCGACUGGGCGCACCGUCAUCGCGACUAUUCACCAGCCCCGUUCGGACAUUUGGCGCCUUGCGGACAAUGUCACGCUUUUGGCCAAGGGUGGGGUGGUGGCGUACAGCGGCCGGCGUUCCACUGCGAUCAGAUACUUCACCAGCAUCGGCUACCCAAUGCCGUCAGAGUUCUUCAACCCCGCCGACCACCUUCUCGACUUGGUAUCUGUCGACCCGAGGGCCGCGACACAUGCCGUUUCCCAGGCGCGUGUCCGAUCCCUAACCGACUCGUGGCGCGCCAUCACCUCCCAGAGCGGGGAUGAAGAAGUGCCUGCCCUCGACGAGAAGAAGAGCGGAUGGCGCCGCAGCCUCCCCCUUGUGUCGGCGGCGAGCGAGAACAAGCUGUCCUCCGGCUCGCGCACCACGUCGAUGUACAUUGCGCUCCCCGUCGUCCUGCAGCGGCACUGGCUGAACCUCUGGCGCCAGCCCGAUGUGUUCAUCAACCGCUUCAUGCAGGCGCCGUUCGUGAGCGCCCUCUUCAUCCUCUUCUUCCAACGCCUCACAAUGGGUGCGCAGGGCGCGCAGGACCGCAUCGGCCUCACAAUGCAGAACACCAGCGCCAUUGCCUUCGUUGGCCUUCUCAACGCCAUGUCGAUUCUGCCUCCAGAACGCAACCUCUAUCUGCAUGAGGCGGCGAGCAGCGCACGCUACGCGCCCGCCACGUUUGUGAUCAUGUACACGCUCGUGGAGCUUGGGCCGCAGAUUUUCUCUGCACUCGUCUACACCGCCGUGAUGCACGUCGCCGUGGGGAUGCAGACGAGCGUGGCCAUCUUCUUCGAGUUUUUCGCCACCAUCUGGGCCAUGCAGAGCCUUGGCGAAAGCCUCGCCAUCCUCGUCGGCAUGUGGGUGGCCUCAGAGGGUCUGACCGUCACCAUCCUUUCCACGUUCCUUUCGCUGCUUGCGCAGACGGCUGGUGUCGUGUCUCUCAAUGUGCCGCGAUGGCUGGCCGGCCUCUCGUGGGGCACGCCCUUCAAGGGCGCCGUCAAGAUCCAGAUCAUCAACGAGUGUGUCGGCCUCGUGUUCCGGUGUACGACCCAGGAAGUUGCGGAUGGCAAGUGCGUGGCGCAAACGGGCGAGCAGAUCCUCGCGCUGUUCGGGUGGCAGGACCUCAACGCCGCCCGGUUCACGGGCAUCAUGGUCGCGACGACUGUGGCCUGGCGCAUUCUCUCGUGGCUGAGCGUUGCGGCGCGCGUCCGUGGCUUCCGCUAGGGAUAGAUCCUAGACUUUCUUUUUGAUUGUGGGGGGUGUUGUGCGAUUUCUUGCUUUAGCCGCGUCGCAUGAUAUAUGUUUACUCGGGGUACGGUUACUGUCCAUGCGCUGUCCACGUCAGUCGCCUUGGUACGCCUCGUGCACCUCAACAGAUGCGACGCAGGGCGUCCCGACGCCCGUCGUACGGAUGGCGCAGCAGCGCAGCAGACACGGUCGCUCCCACCACCUGAUCGGCGGGUUUCUAAACGUUAGCUUUAGUUCUCAAACACUUUGAUUAAGGCGCCGAGAACGGCCAUGAUUCGCUUUGGUAGAGAAGCAGUUGUGCGAGACCCCC